AUGUACAUAAUUAUAGAUACAACAGUGAUACGGCGGAAAUCAAUCGCACUACCAGCACACGUGUACCCUAUGCCGUCGUGUGUCAUAGAAUCUGAUGACUUGUCGCGCAGAUUUUUCAAUCACUACGUGUUCCGCUUGGGAGUUACCAUUGAUGACCGGAUGUAUCACGAUGCCCUCUCUUUAUUGCGCGCCAGCCACCACCGUAGAAGUGAUAUUCUAGACAAUGCCAUACCCGUAGUUAUGAUUAAAAUAGUAAUCAAGACAUCCUCUAAUGAGGAUCCUAUGGAUAUUGACGGCGGGGGUGAGUCCAAUAUUGAUAAUAAUGAUGAUUUGCCACUGAUUCGGAUUCUACGAGGGUCCAUGACUCGGGGUUUAAAUGGAUCAAUGGCUCGGGCUAUACAGGAGUCCAUGGACGAGUACGUCACGUUGAAGCUUGUGCCCGCAAGUCAAUCAUCCAUCGACGCCUUGGAGAAGAUGACAUUCUAUCGCUCUUGCACCAUUUGUCUCGAGAAAUUCUGUGAUGAAGAAUCCAUCACUCGCAUGCCCUGCUCUCACGUCUAUCAUGGAGAUUGUAUUACUAAGUGGCUUAAGACCAACCACUCUUGUCCGCUUUACUGUUUCAAGAUGCCAACCACUUGA